AAUUAAAGCAAUGGGUUUCUUUAUACCUCAAAUUGACUCAAAUACCUCAAAGCAGUCGGUGAAACCAACAUCUCAAACAUUCUCAAAACUAUGCGAAUUAUUCUAAACAAAAGCAAUGUUCCGCAUACGUAAGCCAGCUACUAAAAAUUUUUACGUACAGAAUGGAGUGGCGUACACCGAAGAUCGCAAGAUUGUGCGACGGGUGACAAUAUCUGCGAAGUGGCCCUUUUUGAAGCACUCGCUGCUGAAGCAUUUCUCGAGUUUUGGAAAAGUAGAGGAUCUCCAAUGGAAUAAGGACACGUGUGCGGGAUCGGUUUUUUUUCAAGAGGCUACGCAAGCGGCCAAGGCUUUGUAUUGCACCAAGCACAACGUGGAUGGCCACUCUCUUGUUUUGCAGGCCAGCAGCUCCUGGCACCAACCGCCGGAGCAGGAGGAAGCCGGAGCUCGGAGUGCCUACGAUAUACCCAUUGUUGAUGACUUUUGGCGAGAAGUGAUCACGUACCUUCCGCUGAAUUCUCGUCUCGACUUUGCCGACAGUUGUGAAAGAUUCCAGACGGUCUACGAAUUGGAUUCGCAUCGGCUCAAUCACAUUCUUGAGAUGGGGGAUGUCUGCACACUGACCCACUGGGGCAUUAAAAGAUUGAUGCUGCUAUCAGGAAACCACAUUCGCUGUAUAAAAGGGGGCCCGCUUCAUCCUUUCUGGCCGCAUAUGAAGCAGUUUGUGCAGCUGUUGGGCGUAAGCUGUCCAAAUCUAGCAGAGCUAAACUUCGUCCGGAUUCCUCUCAGUCUAUUCCACAUGACUAACCUGUUCCAGAGUGCCAAUGGCUGCAGUAAGAUGACCAGCAUCUCGAUGAGACAUUGUGACCUGACAGAUAGUCAUCUUUCCUGCUUGCAUUCGCUAACUGCACUAAAGGGUCUGGACAUCAGAGACAACCCUUGUAUUCAAGGCGACACAUUAGGAACUCUGCCAGUUUCCUUGGAGAUUUUAAAUGUUUCAAGAUGCACAUCUCUGUUGGACACGCGUCUUGUCGAUCUUGGGGCUCUGCCGCUUCUCCGCGAACUGCGCUGCUCUGAAAUCAGCCAAUAUAUGGAAAACGAUGAGCUGUUCCGGCUGCUGGUGCACAGCUGUCCAAUGCUCGAGGUUCUCGAGAUGACCAUCAGUUCAUAUAUGGAUAGAUCACAUGUGAUGCAGCUGGGCGGUCUGUCUCGUCUUCGCACCUUGGUCCUCUUCCCUUCCUUGGAUCCGGAAUGGUGCCAAGUGAACAACUCGCUGCUUAUGUCGCUCGCGGACUUGGAUUUGCUGCGCCAUUUAGAGAUCCAUCAUGGUCACCGUGGCUUCGUAACUUCCUUCGGUCUGAGGAUUAUUUCCCAGCUUAAAGAACUGCGGACCCUUGUAUUACAGAAUCAGGACUUUGGCAGGGACGAACUAAUGGAGCUGCGAAAACUUAAUGCCUUGGAGUUUCUGGACUUGAGUGGCUCAUACCAUCUAACCGAUGAAAUCGCUGCGGAGUUGGCUAAGACUCUUGGAAGACUACGCCGUUUGAAAGUCGAGCGAUGUCCUCUUAUCUCACGACGAUUAGCCGAGAUCCUCAAAGGGAAUCCCAAGCUUCAAAUAGACGCUUAGGUUCUAGCUGCUG